CUGUGGGUGGAGAAGGGUCAUAGGCAUCACUGAGUGAGACUUGCCUGCUCUCUGCGCCCUGCCCUCUCUGUUCUCCAGCAUGGUGCGUCUGUGCUUCCCCCGAGGCUCCUGGAUGGCAGCUCUGACGGUGCUACUGACGGUGCUGAGCCCUCUCCUGGUUUGGGCCAGGGACACACCACCACAUUUCUUGCAGCAGGGUACGGCCGAGUGUCACUUCUUCAACGGGACGGAGCGGGUGCGGUACCUGCACAGACACAUCUACAACGGGAAGGAGGACGCGCGCUUCGACAGCGACGUGGGGGAGUACGUCGCGGUGACCGAGCUGGGGCGGCCGGACGCCGAGAGCUGGAACCGGAACAAGGACGACCUGGAGCGGGCGCGGGCCGCGGUGGACACGUUCUGCAGAUACAACUACGGGGUGUCGGAUGGAUUCCUGGUGCAUCGGCAAACGGAGCCUACAGUGACUGUGUAUCCUGCAAAGACCCAGCGGCUGCAGCACCACAACCUCCUGGUCUGCUCUGUGAACGGUUUCUAUCCGGGCCGCAUUGAAGUCCGGUGGUUGCGGAACGGCCAGGAAGAAGAGGCUGGGGUCAUCUCCACAGGCCUGAUCCGGAAUGGAGACUGGACCUUCCAGAUCCUGGUGAUGCUGGAAACAGUUCCCCAGGGCGGAGAGGUCUACACCUGCCAAGUGGAGCACCCAAGCCGGACGAGCCCUCUCACCGUGGAAUGGAGGGCACAGUCUGAAUCUGCACAGAGCAAGAUGCUGAGUGGAGUUGGGGGCUUCAUCCUGGGUCUGCUCUUCCUUGGGGCGGGGCUGUUCAUCUACUGCAGGAAUCAGAAAGGACACUCUGGACUUCAGCCAACAGGACUCCUGAGCUGAAGUGCCAAUGGUGACGCUGGUGA